AGUUUCUGAUGAAAACUCUGUCAAAAUUACAGCACAAGCAUUUCAAUUCAAGCAGAAUUUGAUUUGACUACAACAUGAUGGCAAAACAUGGCGAUGGAGAUCCAUGCACUGGCGAAAUGCUGGCCUUUCUCGAUGUGGAGCGGAUCUUUAACACGCCACUGAAGUGCCCAGUGCCACUCUGUGAGGCCGCGCUGACGCCAAUUGAGAUGCUAACCCAUCUUCUGAUGGCUCACAGCCCCGGCGAGUCGAUGCUGGAGGCAGUGGCCGACUUGCCGGAGCUGUUUCAUGUGAAACUAAACGAACUGGAGGCGGGCAUAAGCUAUGUGAUUGGUGCACUGGCCUACCAGGGCACACCGAAGGCGGGACUCAGCACUCCGGUGACUCCGGAGCUGCAAGUCGUCCAUCAGUUGCCUGUGAUGCUCGUAAUGUACGUUACUCCGCCGGUAGACGACGUGGAACAGAUCGUCAUCUUCUACAUGGUCAGUCCGUUGAUCACCACGGAACUGGGGGUGGCUGUCCAGAUCUCGCUCCUGGAUGGCGAACAGGAUAAGCAUGGCCAGAAAGCCCUAUGUCAGUUUUCUCCGUACACCCAGAUGGGGGCUCACGGGCACGGGGAGCAGCUCUUCAUCCACAUGGACUUCAUUCUGUACUCUGGCACCAGCAUUCAAAAGCUCAUCGAUAUGGAUCCGGAGCGUCAGCUCCAUGUCAAGGUCGUACUGACUGGAGAGCCGAAUUCGUUGGGACUGCAGAGCCACCCAUAGUAUCCACAAUAGUUUUGCACGGCUGCGGUGACUCAUCCGGAUUGACAGACACAUUAGAGCCGGCACGACGUGGCCCCAAUUGACGCACACUUGAAAUUUGUAAUCUGAGUGCCUGUCAAUAAUUUUCGAUUUUUCAUAUAUACUAUAUGAACACUAUAUAUUUCC